AUGGUCGACAAAUGUGAAAAAUGCGGCUGUGAAGCCGGCUGCAAGUGCUGCGAAGGUGGCCAAUGCGAAAAGGAUUGCAAGUGUUGCCAAAAAGGUUGUAGUUGCGGUCCAAACUGCAAAUGUGAAGCUGGAUGUUGUGGAAAGGGUGAUAAGAAGUGCUGCUCUGAAGAGAAGAAAUGUGGCGACGAGGGAGGCAAAAAAUGCUGUGAAGGAAAACCAUGCUGCAAGUGUACGUUUGAACUUUUUUCGAUCUGA